AUGCAUUUCCAUCUGAUUCAAUGCCUCAGUUUCAGCGGAAUUAUCGGCGAGCUUACUGACGGACCCCGGCAACGCUUCGUUCGACAUCGGAAAACUCUCCUCCUCAAGCUCCUGCGCGGCUUGCUGAGGAAGGUCCAAGGUCACGCCCUCGCCCUUCAAGGUGAGGCCAUCCUGAAGUCUUUUCAUCCCCUCUCGCACGGCCUCCAGGACGAUCACGGCCUCCAGGCUUUCCUGCCAUCUCACGCCGCGCGCCGUCGCCAUAACCAGCGUCUUCUCCACCACCCGAGAGAUGGAAAAGAGCUCCUCGAUGGAGACGCUCGCUUUGGUAUCGAUUAUGUCACGAAGCAUGGAAAACACGCGAAUAAACGAAUCUAUAUCGCAAAUUCUAUUGUUUAA